AUGACACUGCGUCCUUCUACUGCUUCACAGCGUCUCCCUCUGCCCUCUCCUCCUGCGUCCUCUCUUCCUGACGGUCCGGACCCGGAGUCUGACUCCCUUCGUGCUGCUAGUCCUACUGUCACGCGCUUUCUGGCCACUGCUGUCACUGACCCUCUGUUUGAGUCCUCUGCUGCGUCUGCUCUUGUUGCUGAGCUUGUUGACUUUGCUGCAGCCUGUCGCCUAGAUUACGCCACUAGUCUUGUUGCUGCGUCUGCGUCUGUCUGUCCUCCGUCCGUCGGGGGUGAGUGUGCUCUUGGCACGGACGUCCUUGAGGACAGGCAGGAGGACCUUGAGUGCUUUGCCGCUGCUUCACCUCAUCUCGUGUCCAUGCUGCUUGCACCUGAGGGAGACCCGGAUGCACUAGACAUCCCGACCCCGCGCUCUUACGCAGAGGCGAUAGAGGGUCCCUACUCCUCUCAGUGGCAGGCAGCCAUGGACGCAGAGAUGGCUUCCUGGAAGUCCACAGGCACCUACAUAGACGAGGUUCCCCCACCUGGGGCGAACAUCGUCAGUGGCAUGUGGAUCUUCAGGGUGAAGCGGCCCCCGGGUUCUCCGCCUGCCUUCAAGGCGCGUUACGUUGCACGUGGCUUCAGUCAGCGACAGGGAGUUGACUUCUUUCAGACCUUCUCCCCUACCCCGAAGAUGACCACUCUUCGGGUACUGCUGCACGUUGCUGCUCAGCGUGACUACGAGCUCCACUCGCUUGACUUCAGCACAGCCUUCCUACAGGGCAGCCUGCACGAGGAGAUUUGGCUGCGCCGCCCACCUGGCUUCACUGGGUCGUUUCCUGCUGGUACCCAGUGGAGCCUCCGGCGGCCAGUCUACGGUCUCCGCCAGGCGCCCCGUGAGUGGCACGACACGCUCAGGACGACUCUUGCUGCUCUUGGUUUUGCUCCUUCCACUGCUGACCCUUCUCUGUUUCUACGCACUGACGCUACUCUGCCGCCGUUCUACGUUCUUGUGUACGUAGACGACCUUGUCUUUGCUACUGCUGACACGGAGGCACUCGCCCACGUGAAGUCCGAGCUGCAGAAGAGACACACGUGCACAGACCUGGGUGAGCUCACAAGCUAUCUUGGCUUGCGGAUCACCCGGGACAGAGCACAGCGCACCAUUACCUUGACUCAGUCACACAUGGUGCAGCAGGUCCUUCAGCGCUUCGGCUUCACCUACUCCUCGCCACAGUCCACUCCUCUGCCUACCGGUCACUCGCUCUCAGUUCCACCUUCGGACGAGUCCGUAGAGCCGAGUGGCCCGUAUCCAGAGCUUGUGGGCUGCCUCAUGUACCUGAUGACUUGCACACGACCUGAUCUCGCAUACCCUCUCAGCCUUCUGGCUCGCUACGUGGCUCCCGGCAGGCACCGAAAGGUGCACUGGGAUGCUGCGAAGAGGGUGUUGCGAUACUUGUGCAGUACAUCGGGCAUGGGGCUCGUGCUUGGAGGACGGGCUCGAGUUGUCCUCACUGGUCACGCUGACGCCUCCUGGGUUGACGACUUGGCUACGCAGCGGUCGUCACAGGGUUACACCUUCAGCCUUGGCUCCGGUUCUGUCUCCUGGCGGUCUACCCGCUCUUCUUCUGUUCUCAGCUCCAGUUGUGAGGCUGAGAUCUACGCUGGGGCCAUGGCUGCACAGGAGCUUCGCUGGCUCACCUACCUGCUGACCGACUUGGGAGAGGCGCCUCGUUCUCCUCCAGUUCUGUACGUCGACAACAAGGCCAUGCUGGCCUUGUGUCAAGAGCACAGACUGGAGCACAGAACGAAGAACAUUUCUCUGCGCUACUUCUUUGCUCGAGAGUUGCAGCAGCGUGGCCGGCUUCGUCUUGCUUACGUGGCCUCUCAGGCCAACACUGCUGAUGUUUUCACCAAGGCACUUCAGCCUUACUAUGUGGUGACUUUGUGA